AAGCCGAUGCGCCGCACGAGGGGAGGAACUGUUUUAGCGGCACACAUGUAGGCAGAUACGGAACAUGUGACUAAUUGGAAGAAAACUAACUAAACUGGACAGAUCACUUGUGACUUUUUUGACGUACAUAACGAUUUCUCAGAAUUACUGUAGCUGUCCCAGAGCUUCCUUCACUGAUCGCCUGCACAACAUGAGCUCUCCGAAGAAAGAGACUACUGAACCUCAUGUCAUCAAAGAGGAGCUGAUAGCGAGUGGAAAAUGGGUGAAGCUUGAGAAGACCACAUAUGUGGAUCCCUCUGGAAGCACCAGAACUUGGGAAACGGCGAAGAGAACAACCCGAGUGGCCAACAGCGCAGCCGACGGCGUAGGGAUCAUAGCCCUUCUGAAGAGGACUCUGCAUAAAGACUGCGUUGUAAUGGUGAAGCAGUUUCGACCACCCAUGGGAUGCGUCGCGCUGGAGUUUCCCGCAGGUCUGAUAGAUGACAACGAGAGCGUGGAAGCCGCUGCUUUGAGGGAGCUAAAGGAGGAAACGGGUUACAAAGGGGAGGUGGUGGGCGUCACUCCAGUCACGUGUUUAGACCCGGGCCUGUCUAACUGCACCACACAGAUGGUGAUGGUAAACAUCAACGGAGAUGACCUCGAAAAUAUAAACCCCACUCAGCAGCUGGGCGAUGGAGAAUUUGUGGAGGUUAUCCUUUUACCUCUGGAUGAAUUUCAGCACAAAAUUGACGAGCUGCUGCAGAAAGAGAAAAUAGCGGUGGACUCCAAGGUGUAUAUUUAUGCUAUGGGGAUGUCGCAGGCCUUCUUUAAGCCCAGAGAGCUGCCUGUGCUGAAGCAGUGAGAUCAGAUCUCUCACCUGGAAUACACUAAAGACAGCUACCGUGAGCUGAUGAAAUCUACCAAUACUUGACCAUGGCCUUAGUGUUUGGCAUCGGUUGCCUGAACAUUCCUAAUAAACUAACUAAGUGCUUAAUUAAGAGGUAUUCGGAGUUUGCACAGUCUUAAAAUUAAUCAUUAAAUAUAGGAAUAUAUAGAAACUGACCAAACUAAAAAGUGCAGGUCUAUUCUGUUAACCUUUUGAGUAUGCCCUGUUUAAUGUUGACCUGUAAUGACAAAAAAAAAAAAAAAUCCUUGAAAAGAUAAUAAGCAUAAAAUAUUUAUAGGUCAAAACACUAGGUGUCACGCGAAGAAAGGACGUAUGACAGUAUUAUGAUCAGGACUUGGAAUAAAUCUCUCAAAAGGGUAUUUUUGAUGUAUGUUUACUGCGAUACGCAGGUAAUUCUUGAACUUUAGUUUAUGCUGGACGAUGCAUGAGCAACGCUGUGUUCCUGUAUAACUAUGAAUUUUUAUCUAAUAAAUUUGAUAGUUUACAUUUUUGCA